GAUGCCAGUGGGUUGUGCAUCCACUAAGAAAUUGUUGCAUCAGGAAACGAAUAUCUAACGAUAAACUUCCUCAGUGCCAGUUGGUUGCAUCGGCGAUCCACGUGUGAAAGCCUGGUGUCUUCUGAGAUAUUUCUAGACGAAUAUGGCUACCGAAAGGAAAGGUACCUUCAAGGUAGAAUAUCUACAGAAAAUUGAGCAGGAUGUACAGAAGCAAUGGGAAGUUGCAAAAGUAUAUGAAGAAGAUGCCCCAUUGUCGCCGAAACAAUCAGACGAUGAAAAGUUCUUGGCUACUUUUCCUUUUCCCUAUAUGAAUGGACGUCUUCACCUAGGUCACACAUUCUCCUUGUCCAAAGCUGAGUUUGCAGUCCGCUACAACCGUCUCCUGGGCAAGAAGGUCUUAUUUCCAUUUGGAUUUCAUUGCACGGGUAUGCCAAUUAAAGCUUGUGCAGAUAAACUCAAGAGAGAAAUGGAAACAUACGGUAAUCCUCCAAAGUUCCCAGAAGAGGAAGAAUUUGUUGAAGAAAAAGUCGAUGAUGUUGUUGUCAGGGAUAAAAGUAAAGGAAAAAAGAGUAAAGCAGUAGCAAAAUCAGUUGGAGCAAAGUAUCAAUGGCAAAUCAUGCUGAGCCUUGGAGUAGAAGAGGGAGAGAUUCACAAGUUUGCUGAUGCCAAUUAUUGGCUAGACUACUUUCCACCUCGCGCUGUAAUGGAUCUGAAAUCCAUUGGAAUACAUGUGGACUGGAGGAGAACAUUCAUAACAACCGACGCUAAUCCCUUUUUCGAUUCAUUUGUCAGGUGGCAAUUCCUCCACUUGAAAGCUAGGAACAAAGUGAAGUACGGCAAACGUUACACAAUAUUUUCUCCUAAAGACAAUCAACCCUGUAUGGACCAUGACAGGUCAACUGGUGAGGGUGUCGGGCCCCAAGAGUACACACUGGUGAAAAUGAAACUGUUAGAACCAUACCCAGAACCAUUAAAACAUGCACAGGGAAAGCCUAUUUAUUUGGUAGCUGCAACCUUACGACCGGAGACCAUGUACGGUCAAACAAACUGCUGGGUGCAUCCAGAUAUGCGUUACAUCGCGUACAGUUUGGCCAACGGUGAUAUUUUUGUCUCUACUGAGAGAGCAGCCCGUAAUAUGGCUUAUCAAGGAUUUACGAAAACGGAAGGAAAAGUAGAUAUUAUCGCAGAGUUGAUUGGGCAGGAUAUUCUCGGCCUUCCACUACACGCACCGUUAACGAGUAAUAAAGUGGUCUAUACAUUACCUAUGCUCACCAUAAAAGAAGAUAAGGGUACCGGUAUUGUUACUUCGGUCCCUAGUGAUUCUCCAGAUGAUUAUGCUGCACUUGUUGACCUGAAGAAGAAACAGCCUUUCAGAGAGAAAUAUGGUAUCAAAGAUGAGAUGGUGCUUCCAUACGAGCCUAUACCGAUACUCGAAAUUCCAGAGUUUGGUAACUUGUCAGCGGUAACAGUCUAUGACAAGUUGAAGAUCCAGUCCCAAAACGACACGGAGAAAUUGUUAACAGCCAAAGAAAUGGUUUAUCUCAAAGGAUUUUAUGACGGUAUACUGUUAGUUGGUGAACAUGCAGGGAAGAAAAUUCAGGAUGUCAAGAAAGAUAUCCAAAAAAAACUCAUCGACGCUAAAGACGCGGUUAUUUAUUAUGAACCUGAAAAGACAAUAAAAUCCAGAUCAAAUGACGAGUGCGUGGUAGCUUUGUGUAAUCAGUGGUACCUCGACUAUGGUGAAGAGAAUUGGAAAAAACAAGCAGAGCAAGCCUUAGAGAAUCUAGAAACCUUUCAUGAUGAAGUUAGGAAAAAUUUCACUGCCUGUCUGAAUUGGUUACACGAAUAUGCUUGCUCUAGAACGUAUGGAUUGGGUACUAAACUACCCUGGGAUGAGUAUUGGCUGAUUGAAUCGCUGUCAGAUUCAACCAUCUAUAAUGCCUACUAUACUAUAUCUCACUUGAUACAGGGUGGUUCGUUCAAGGGAGACAAGCCCAAUGCUUUGGGUAUCAAAGCCGAGCAGAUGACUCCGGAGGUAUGGGAUUACAUAUUCUUCAAAGAUGCCAAACUGCCAAAAACCUCUAUACAGAAAAAAGCACUGGACCAUAUGCGGCGAGAAUUCAACUACUGGUAUCCUGUCAACCUGCGAGUGUCAGGAAAAGAUCUAAUCCAGAAUCAUCUCACAUUUUACAUCUAUAACCACACAGCAAUUUGGCCUGAUCAACCUGAACUAUGGCCCAAAGGAAUCAGGGCGAAUGGGCAUUUGCUUCUGAAUUCAGCAAAGAUGUCGAAAUCGGACGGUAAUUUUUUGACCUUAACUGAAGCAGUCAGCAAAUUCUCCGCUGACGGUAUGCGCUUGUGCCUCGCUGAUUCUGGAGACUCCGUAGAAGAUGCCAACUUCGUUGAAAGUACAGCAGAUGCUGGAAUCCUCAAGCUUUACACGUUCAUCGAGUGGGUCAAGGAAGUGAUAGCUUCAAAGGAUACGUUCAGGAAAGGCGAACCAAACACUUUUAACGAUCGCGUGUUCCAAAGUGAAAUGAAUUUGAAGAUACGCGAGACUAAGGAAAACUACCAUAAAAUGCUGUACAAAGAAGCCCUGAGAACUGGAUUCUACGAGCUGCAGACAGCUAGGGAUAAAUACGUGCAAUUCACCGCAUCAGAAGGAAUAAACUCGAAUCUUAUUUUCAAAUUCAUCGAAAUCCAGACUAUUUUAAUGGCUCCGAUUUGCCCGCAUGUUGCCGAACACGUGUGGUCUCUCAUUAGUAAGAAAGGUAGUAUUUUGAACGCGCUAUGGCCAGUUGCGGGUCCAGUCGAUGAAAUAUUGGUGAAGUCGUCGCAGUAUCUUACAGCGGCUGCCCACUCGUUCAGAAUCCUUCUGAAGAAUCAUACGGCACCCAAGAAAGUUGCAAAAGGAAAACCCGCCCCUCCUCCAGUAGAGUUUCCCACGCUCGGGACCAUCUGGGUUGCGAAAACAUUUCCCCCGUGGCAGAACACCGUUCUAACGAGUAUGAAACAAUUGUACGAGAAAAAUGGAAACAUAUUGCCGGAUAAUAAAAUAAUCGCGACUGAACUCGGCACUAAACCUGACCUCAAAAAGUAUAUGAAGAGAGUGAUGCCGUUCGUUCAAACGACAAGAGAAAAAGUGGACACGCUCGGUGUAGCAGCCCUCAAUCUGACGCUAGAUUUUGACGAAUUCGAAGUACUACAAAUCAAUCAAGAAUAUCUUCGCAAUACUCUGACUCUCGAAGAAGUGAUUAUUAAAUACACGGACGAAGCUUCUGAUAAAACGAAGGAAGAAUGCUGUCCUGGAGCACCCUAUAUAACAUUUUCUACUCGUCCAGGGAUAUCGCUUAAUGUUGUAAAUCCGCAAAUGUGUACCGGCCUUUUCACGAAAACAGUCAAGGUCUUCGAAGGGGACACCGCCGCCAAUCUCGUAGCGAGAAUCGUUAAGGAUAACAAAUCAAUAAAAGACACUUCUUCAAUCCUCUUAUAUCGUUACGAAGAUCCGGUUUUAGGUCCGAGAAUAUCUCCUAAUAUUGAAGACUUACUGAGCGGAAAAAUCGAAAUUCCCCCGAAUGCAGUAUUUCACGUUAACUUGGAGACAAAUAGUGUUGAAGUGGAGAUAGAAAGCAAGAAGUAUUCAACCGGACGCGACUUCGUGUAUAUUUUGAAACAGUAGUGGAUGAAUUGAACGCAACUCACGGUACCGCAUAUGUGAGUAAUAAAAACGUGUGAAAAUGAGGGAAUAAAAACAAUAGAAAACA